AAGGCUGAGCCUUCCUGAGAUGGCACAUUUAGAGUCUUAGAAGCAAAGAAUGUGAUAUGAAUCUUUUAUAGGUAUAAUCAAUGACUACAAACCAAGCUAAGAAUAUACUACCACUAUUGGCUGAUUUCAGAUGUUCAGCACUAGACAACUUCUCUUUUAAAAAAGCUAUUGAUAUGAAGAAUAAAAUGUACGAUACUAUGAACUUAGAAGGUAUUCUCAAGCAUCCUUUGAAGCCAAAGGUAGUUAUUCAUGAUUUCGAUGAUAAAUAAAAGGUUAACAAAGAAAUCAAAGGAAAGGCAGUUAAGAGACAUCGAGAAAGCAAGAUUAUCACUUGAACCAGUUCAUACUACAAGUCUUGAAAAUCCAGUGAGGUUACAGCUAAAGAAAAAGAUGAGAAUGAGUUCUGUUGCUACCUCUCUUCGAGAGACAAGAGGUAGUCUUCUUAAGAAAUAUACAAAAACUGCUAUCCAGAGUCAGAGACCCGGAAAAAGGAAAACUAAUGAAAAUUUAAAUGAAGUUGAAGACUAUGAUGAUUACGAAGACUCAGAGGAUCAAUAUGUGGAUUACCAGCCAAAGAAAACUAUUCCGAUGAAUCUGUACAGCAUCCGCAAUAUUAGAGUUGACCCUAUUAUUGCCAAUGUAAAAACCAAACCAAAGAUUAAAUAUAUCAAUCUUAAGCAGAAAGUUCAGGCAGCGGAAAAGCACAGUUCAAGACCUGGUUCGAGAAGUAAGACUGGUGGGAGGGCAUACCACGGCUAUAUUAAUCGGAAAAUUAGCCAAAUCAAGAAAAUACCUGAGCUGAAUAUUACUAAAUCAAGUAUGGACAGUGGGCAAUUGACUAGUCCUCAUAGGUCUUCCAAACCUCAUUAUAUCUACAUAAUCCCUGAUGGGAUCAAUAUUCUAAAGGAUAAAUACCAGGUGUUUAAGAUUGACAUUCAACCUUAUGUCAAUAGCCUCUUACCAAAGCCAAGAAAAAGGAAAUAUCAUUACAGAAGGAAGAAAAGAGAACCCAGGAAAGAAUUGCAUCCUCUCUCUGAAGGAAUCAAAAGACAAGUCUUUAAGCAGUUCCUGGCUGAUCUCACUAUUGAGAUGAAGUCUCGGAAGGAAAUUACUGCGCUAUAUACUAUAGAUGGAGUGCUUCUUCAUGAUCUCAUGCAGAUCCAACCCGAAACUAAAGUCUUCAUCUCUUCUACAAAAAGGAAAUUUAUAGGAGUUAAAGGCAUAGGUACUCUUGAAUCUGAAGAAUUUAAGCUAGAUGAAAAUAGAGAAAAGACCAAACAUGCCUUCCUCAAAGCAUGAGAGAAUUGGAUAGAUGCUAAUCCUGUCUAUGGUCUACCUGAAGAGGCCGGGGAUAAGUUUUUACUCUAACUUUGAGGACCAGAACUCAUUGAUUUUCAGGAUAA